CUCUUGUGUUACCCGGAUGUAUUUAGAGCGCUUUAACUGAACAGCAGCAGCCUGGCUUCUCACAAAGAAGCAGCUAAACUCCGGUCAUGGCUCUAGAUGUGAAGUCCAGAGCGAAACGAUAUGAAAAGCUGGACUUUCUGGGAGAGGGUCAGUUUGCCACUGUGUACAAGGCAAGAGACAAAACUACAAACCGAAUUGUUGCAAUUAAAAAGAUUAAAGUUGGACACAGAACAGAAGCUAAAGAUGGCAUUAACAGAACAGCUCUCAGAGAGAUUAAGCUACUGCAAGAGCUGAGCCACCCAAACAUUAUUGGACUUCUUGAUGCCUUCGGACACAAAUCCAACAUCAGCCUUGUGUUUGACUACAUGGAGACGGAUCUAGAGGUGAUCAUAAAGGACACUAGUCUUGUACUGACGCCAGCCAACAUAAAGGCAUACACACUGAUGACUCUGCAGGGCCUGGAGUACAUGCACAGUCACUGGGUUCUGCACAGGGAUUUGAAGCCCAAUAAUUUGCUUUUAGAUGAAAAUGGAGUUCUGAAACUUGCUGAUUUUGGCUUGGCGAAAGCAUUUGGAAGCCCUAACAGAGUCUACACACAUCAGGUCGUGACCAGAUGGUACCGUGCACCGGAGCUGCUUUUCGGGGCCAGGAUGUAUGGAGUGGGUGUGGACAUGUGGGCUGUUGGCUGCAUCCUUGCAGAACUCCUCCUCAGGGUACCUUUUCUGGCUGGGGAUUCGGACCUGGAUCAGCUGACAAAGAUAUUUGAAGCUUUGGGGACUCCAACAGAAGACAUUUGGCCUGGUAUGACCAGUCUCCCAGACUUCGUAUCAUUUAAACCAUUUCCUGGCACGCCGUUGGAGCACAUUUUCAGUGCAGCUAGUGACGACCUGCUGGAUCUCCUACAAGGCCUGUUCACAUUUAACCCUUGCACCCGCUUCACAGCCACAAAGGCCCUGAAGUCGCAAUAUUUCAGUAAGAAACCAGGACCCACACCAGGCCCUCAGCUGCCCAGACCAAACUCUUCAGCAGAAGCUCUGAAAGAAAAAGAAAAUCUCACCAUUGGCAUCAAGAGGAAACGGGAUGGUAUUGAUCAAGCUAGCCUGAAGAAAAAGCUGGUGUUUUAGGAGAGGAGGUUAAAAAUCCCACCUGUCUGCCUUUGAGCCACGUGACCACUAGUGCUGCUGAAAACCUCCACGAACAAUAAAUCCAUUGGUCAGCCGUUCAUCUUGCAUAAUGAUUUUGUACAUAUUUAUGGUAACUUGAUUUGUUUGAUUUUUGUUUUCAGUUAUUUUUUUACAUGCUGUAAGUAAUUAAAUUAUGAUGAAAGG